GAGGAGAUGGCCACCGGAGACAUCACCACGCUUCCCUCCGCACCUGAAGACGGCAAUGGUGGCUUCCCACCCGGAACCUUCAAGGAACCCAAAAGGCUGUACUGUAAGAACGGUGGCUUCUUCUUGCGGAUCAAGUCAGACGGGGGAGUGGACGGAAUCCGAGAGAAAAGUGAUCCCCACAUAACGCUUCAGCUGCAGGCCACAUCUGUCGGUGAGGUGGUCAUCAAAGGAGUGGUCGCCAACCGCUACUUAGCCAUGAACAGAGACGGCAGACUUUUUGGAGCGAGACGAGCGACUGAUGAAUGUUACUUCUUGGAGCGUUUGGAGAGCAACAACUACAACACGUACCGCUCCAGGAAGUACCCAACUAUGUACGUGGCACUGAAGCGAACCGGCCAGUACAAGUCUGGAAGCAAAACUGGACCGGGGCAGAAGGCCAUCCUCUUCCUCCCGAUGUCUACUAAGAGCUAACUUGAGAUGAGCCAGAGUCCUGUUCAUGUCUUACAGUGUUAGGGCAGUGAAGGUAUGCCACCACUGUCCCAAAGAAGUAGCUGUGAUGUUUUUACAAGUGUUCCAUCAUUUUUUAUUUUAACAAUCCCGAAUGGGCGUGGAAAGAACGAAGUGCCUUGCUCAAGGAUUUGGGAAUCUACCUUCAGAUUCUUUAACUUUCUUUUAGUGAAGGCUUUCAGCACAUGGUGUCUUUGAGAAAGACAUUUUUUAAAAAGGGCAUUUCUCACUUUGAAUGAAAGCUUGAGCACAUCUUCUGCUUUUUGAUGCAUCUUCCUGAGUUGUAUUAGAGCAUUUGCGCUGCACUGGAGCACUGAUGAUGAAGUUGAAGUGAAUGAGGUUCAGUUUAGCCCGAUGCAAAGCACUGCUACGCUGCUAAGCUUUGCCAGGUUAGUCCAUUUUGAACUCAUUCAGUGCCAUUGAUGGAGAUAGACUUCAAAUCCAUUUUAAUUGGGAACUCCUGGGGGCACCAAGGACUUGAUUAGUCUUUUUACUAGCAAUUUCCAUGCAUCUCUGCACACAUUUAGUCGACUUGAUUUCUAUUUAUCGACGAGGCAGUUAUCUAUAACCAGGAUCUGAUAAACCUCUUCUUAGAUGAAUCAUUUAACUUCCUAAAAUGAGCACCUCAGUUCAUUAAAAAAAUACCAAUCCAAGCUUAUGAUGGCUCGUAUUUGGUGAGUUGCAGUGACACUGGGUCUGGCUGUGUGGUGGAAGGCUGAGGUCACUGGUGGUGGUCAAAAUGCACUAUUCCCAGCCCGUAUUUUUUCAAAAAUAAAACCUAGUCAAUUAGAUAAACGAUAUUUGUAGUAGGUAGUGGUGGUCCAUUGGUAAACCACAAGUUCCAGUCCUGGUAUUCGCAUACGUUAAGGCUAGGACCGAGGAAUCUCUCGAUGAUAGAGCUGGUAAAACAUCCCUGAGUAGACAGCGGGUAGCUCCUCCAUGGUGAGGUCGAUCUUGUCAAACCCGUGCUCCAAUCCGUGAAGCAGCAGCCUGGCCACGCGGGCCGUAAUGGGUGUGGUGUCAGCGGUACACGCCAACUCCACAAGGGUUAGCCAAUCACAGCGCUCGCACUCGUGCGUACAGAAGUGGAUGUCGUAGCUGAGGGGACUUAGGCGGCAGAUAACAUAGAUGUCUGACAUGCCGAAGGCACCCGGGUGGUUAUGCUGCUGACGGAUGCUCAGCAAUGAUCGGAACUCGGAGUGGAUGCCUGUUUCCUCCAAGACUUCCCGCACCGCCGUUACUCCUAGGACGGAUUCGGUGAAAGUUGAGAUAAAAUAGUUGAGAAAUAGUAAAGCUGCUUUUCUUUUUUGGUGUGCGCUUGAAAUGAAUUGACAGUGCAUCAGGGGUAGGGUUGGGCAUCGAGCAUCGAUGGGAACUGGUUGUAACACUCCAAUGCUCCCAGAAUCGUUCGAAUUUUUAAAUUUCGAUUCCUUGUUUCAAUGCCCUGACCGCUGAGCGGAAAAAAAAAUGCUCAAGUUCAAAGACUGGUAUUUAUAUACAGGUUAAAAUUAGUCCUGUGAGAAGUUCAUUUAAUUUAAAACAUCAUCAAGAAGUUAAAACUUUAAUAUAAACUAUGCAAUUUUUUUGACCCUGCAUUUUUUUGACCCUGCCUUUUAAAAGAAUCUGAAUCGAGAAUCGUUCGGAACCGGAAUUGAAACGUGGAAUCGGAAUCGUUCAAUUUCAAACGAUGCCCAACCCUAAUCAGGGGUUCUCAAACUUGAUAUUUUCCCAAGAAUAGGACUAAGAAAUUCCAUUUUGACUGGGAGGGUUGGCAGCAGAAGAUCAUGUUUCAGACCCUCUCAGUUCAAAUGUUUUGUUAGCUGUCACCGUCACUCAAUGAGUUAAUUAGGCCCAAGCUAAGGUGUCAAAGAGUAUUGUGGAAUUCUAUUUGUUUUUUGGCUUGCCAGUAGGUGAGCACCUUAAAUGAUACACGAGUAUUUAAUUUGUCGACCAGCGUUUGAGAGCCACUGAUGAUUUAGCUCCAUUUAGGUGGUUAUGUGGUAGCUUCUCACCAAAAUGAUACUCACCGAUAUUCUCUCCGGGAUCCGACAGGCCGCCAGGGAAUUUCCAGGCAUUUUUUGUCUGUCAAUAAAGCAAAGUUAGGUAGUACAGGGGUUGGACAAAAUAAUGGAAACACCUAACAUUUUGGCAUCACAAUCAUUCAACAUAAUUUUUAAAGAAUGGAAUGAGGAACACUCUAAUGAAGUUGAGCAUCUCGUAUGGCCGGUAUAAUCCCAGACCUCAACAUUAAUGAGCAUUUAUGGUCAAUUUUAGAGAUUCAAUUAAAACAUUGAUUUCCACCGACAUCGUCUACAAAAAAAGUUAGAGGGUAUACUAACUGCCUUAAAAUUCCUUUAGAUAUGAACCAAUACCUCGGAGAAUUGACUCUAAUUACCACAAAAAGCGGACAUACACCAUAUUAAUAGGUCUGCAGCUACUGAUUAUUUUAGUAGUCUAUUAAUCUAUCAACUAGUUAGUUCGAACAAUCGGAUUAAGAAGUUUUAGGAGAUGUAAAACAAAGGCUUGCUUAGAUUGUACUUUCAAAAAAAGCAUUAAAUGUGAAUACAAAAUAAAAUUCCACGAGUGUUUCGUCAAACUAUGCAGAAUUGCUCUUUAAUUUAAAAAUAAUUUAAAAUACCUGAUCUUGGCUUCAACCGGCAUUGAAAAAAAUAAAAAUAGAUGAGGAUGUAAGUACAACAAAAGGACAAUUGGGUAACUUGCAUUGCAAAAGUCCGCUAGCUUAAAUGCUAUAAACUGCUAAUGUUGUUUUACUAUGCUCUUAACAAAUCGUUCAUUUUCACACACACAAAAAAACGGCUAAAUAUACCUAUAAACUAAAUUAAAAAUGCGUUAAAAAACUUGUUAGCUCAAACAAAAACCUACCUUAUGUUGGUCUUAACAGGAAGCAGCUGGAUUCAGCCAUGUUAAAUGAGUUAUGUCAUAUUCACUGUUGCCACUAGAGGGGAGUGUAUCCACACAAAUCAAUAAAACUAAAUGCAAACACUUUCAAAAUAAACCAUUACAACGCCACUGUAAUUAAACGAAUACUCGAAGCAGUAAAAUUUGAUUCCCUUUUUUCUAAUCAAAUUACUCAAGGAAUUGAUUAAUCGUUGCAGCACUACAUAUUAGUUUAAAAAAAAAUUUUUUAAAGGUGUUUCCAUUAUUUUGUCCAACACCUGUAUAUCAGAGAAGCAAUGUUAACAUUUUUAGCCGUGCCUAUUUCAUAGCAAAACUGCAUUCUCAUGUACACAACACAUCUAAUGCAAUAUUUUUGGUAUCACAGCUGAAAGCGAAUAAACAGCAAAUUGUUUGACAUUUGGAUUUUUUUUUUUUGUUCCUGUUUAGACAAAAACCAUCAAAUGUAGAACCCACCUGGUUUUGAGUGAACCUGCAGAAGUUAACCACAAGUUCAAACCAGUGCAAAUUUUCAUUUUCGCUGGAAAUGUGAGAAUGCAGUUGUUGUUUUUUUCCAUUUCAGAACACAGUUGAUUCCUUCUACUUUUACAGCUUUUUGAAAACCAAAUAUAUUUCAUUGCUACAUCAUAAAACAUAAGUGGUUUUAAAAAAAUGCAGAAACACUCUGUGUCAAUACAUUGAGAAUGGUGAAGUGUGUGUCUUUCAACAAAAAAUAGUUCUUCCACUUAACCUUAAUAUUUAAUAUUAACAGAAUGCUGCUGGUUAAAUUAUACUGUUAGAGUGUGUAUAUGUUCAUCUAUUUUUGUACAUCUAUUCUGUAUACACAUAAGAAUUGUAUGAAGAAUACAAACAAAUACACAAAGCUGUGUUGUAUUUCUAUGUAUUUUCAACUAAAUGCUUGACUGUUGGAGUUGUUCUACAUGUGGACAAAUAAAAUACUUUGUGACACUAACAAUCAGAGUUUGUCAUAUUUGUCUGCUGCACAAACACAAUCUUGCGUUACAUAAGCCCCUUCCACAAACAUUACCCGGUAAAUUCCGAGGUAAGGUGACGUGGG